CCGGGCUGUCCCCGGUAACCGUUCCUCCCGCGAGUACAGUGUCCGUUAGGAAGAUGUACACCAUCCUGAGGUUGGCUCAGGCCGCUCGCUGGCUGUUCGGUUUCGGAUCGAGAAGAGGAUCGGAAGCAGAGAAUAUGCUGCACCACUGCACAAGGACGGUGUGCCGGAGCUACGGGAAGGAGGAGCGGGGCCAGCCGUGGACACCGAGCUAUGGCCUUUACCUGAGGAAUUCUGAGGGCAAAUACAUUUCUCCUUUUCAUGAUAUUCCACUUUACGCAGUAGUUGAUAAGGCCUUGUUUAAUAUGGUUGUAGAGGUGCCCCGUUGGACCAAUGCAAAAAUGGAGAUUGCUACAAGUGUUCCUCUGAACCCAAUCAAGCAAGAUGUGAAAAAGGAUAAAAUGCGUUAUGUAGCAAAUAUCUUUCCUCACAAGGGUUAUAUCUGGAACUAUGGAGCAUUACCACAGACUUGGGAAGAUCCCUGCCACAAGGAUCCCUGUACAGGCUGUGGUGGUGAUAAUGAUCCAAUUGAUGUCUGUGACAUUGGAUCAAGGGUGUGUUCUUAUGGUGAUGUUAUUCAAGUAAAAGUCUUGGGAGCUUUGGCUCUUAUCGAUGAAGGAGAAAUGGAUUGGAAAAUCAUUGCUAUCAACCUUGAAGACCCUGAAGCACAAAAGUUUAAUGACAUUGACGAUGUCCAAAAAUAUAAACCAGGUUACUUGGAAGCCACAUUGACUUGGUUUAAAUUAUACAAGGUUCCUGAUGGGAAGCCAGAAAACCAAUUGGGUUUCAAUGGAGAAUUUAAAGAUCGGAAUUUUGCUCUUGGCGUGAUUAAGUCUACUCAUCAAUACUGGCAAUCUUUAAUCUGCAAGGAGACUGAUGGAGGUAGUAUUAGUUGCAAAAAUGUGUCAAUCCGUGAUAGCCCUUUCUGUUGUAGUCACACAGAAGCAGAAGCAAUUGUACAAUCAGCACCAGAGUAUGUCAAGCCAGACAGUAUCCCAGAUGAAGUAAAUAGGUGGUAUUUUCUGAGCAAGUGAAUGUUGGCCACAUCAACACAUGAAAGAAUAAAUUCUGUUUUACUUUUGAAAACUGCAAAUCCGAAUAGUCUAAAAGCAGAAAUGUCUGAAAUUGGUCAGCGAUAUCGUCUACAGAAUCUUCAAGAAGACGCCCUGAUUGGCAGUCACCCAUUAAGUUAAUGUUCAAUGAUUGAGUACUUCUCCUCUGCACACUGUUCAGGGAGGUAUUACCUGGUUUGUAUGUGGAUACUACUUGUAUUUAAUUGGUUUCAUAUUGCCUCGUGCUUCCAAAAUGUGAUGUAAAAUAAGUAUUUUUCUUGUGUUAUUGACCCUGCAUUUCUGUGGUAGUGUAAAUCAUACCUGAUAAUAAACAUUCAUUGAUUUAUUUUCCA